AUGAAUCUUUAUCUUAUCAAUACUGUGAUCGGAUUCAUCAAUCAAUCCCGCUUUAUAAAUGAGGCUCGACUCGAUGCUGCAAUCAAAAUCGAAGCAAACAUGAAGAUGCCCGCUCCAAUUGGUUUCUUAUUUCUCAGCAGUGUCGUUGGUGUUCUGGUUUUAAGUAACACCGUUGGAGCGGCAGUAAAAACGGAUCUCUAUAUGUUAGAUGACAAUGAUGUACCAGUAAAAGUUGAUUUGACUGAGACUUCUUUCGAGCCAAACGUAAACGUGAAUGACCUGCCGAAACGUGUUCUUUUUUACCUAUACACGAAGAACACGAAGAAAAAUGCGGAACAAUUGCAUGUUGGAGACAGCAACAGCUUGGCCAAAAGUCACUUCAAUCCGAAGAAACCAACGAAGUUUGUCACCCACGGAUGGAUAAGUUCUCAAAAGAGCAAAGCUUGCACUUUAGUUCGUGAUGCUUUUCUUCAAAACGGCGAUUACAACGUGAUCGUGGUCGACUGGAGUAGCAUAUCACGAAGACCAUACUUAUGGACAAGCCGGCAGGUCGUGAGUAUCGCACAAUUCGUUGGUAAGAUGAUCGAUUUCCUUGAAUCGCAUGGAAUGAAGCCAUCCGAUGUGACAGUUGUUGGUCACUCCCUUGGUGCUCACAUUGCUGGACUUUCAUCCUACUAUGCGAAGAACAAAGUGAAUUACGUUGUUGGGCUGGAUCCAGCCGGUCCCAACUAUAAUCUAAACGGUGAGGGCUCAAGGAUUUCGGCAAAAGAUGCGAAAUACGUUGAAAUAAUCCAUACGAGCAUACUUCUCGGCUUAAACAAACAACUCGGCCAUUCUGACUUUUAUCCUAACGGUGGCUCAACGCAGAACGGUUGCUCGGUAGACUUGGGUGGCUCCUGUUCUCACGCUAGAUCUUACAGAUUUUUUGCCGAAUCCAUAAAUAGCAACGGCUUUCUGGCUAGAAGUUGUUCCGGUUAUUCUGAUUACAAAGGUGGAAAAUGCAAUAGUAAUCAUGUCGCACGUAUGGGUGGUGUUCAACCAGACACUAAAGCUUCAGGAAAAUAUUACUUGACCACAAACUCGAAAUCACCGUAUGCGAAGAAUGUGGCCUUCGAACUUGAUUAGGUUACCAUUCGUAAACAUGGAAAUGGGAAAACCGACCUCCACUAUCGAGUUUCUUUAAUUCUUUGAGUGUCACUUAGGUUUACUUGGAUUUGUCAUCAUUUUAGAGGAACAUUAUGUUGCAAAUUAAAGUAGUUAAA